UACCAGUCCUGUUUCCUGCUGCUUUUAAUUUGUUUUGUAUGUAGCUGGACUACGUGAGUUUUAAACUUUUUUUGAAUUUUGUACUUUCUAAAAGAAUAAUUUGACUUAUAUAAUUAUUAUUAAUUGAUAGAAAGAAAUAUUAUAUGACUAUUGAUCUACAACGAUUUUACACAUAUAAUUCCGUUGUAGCGACCAAUACAAUAACACCGGUAGGAAAAAAUAUACAGCUGAUACUAUAGCAUUAUUUAAUUAAAAUUUGAAUAAUUGAGUCACUUUUAAUUGCUAUCGAAGAUGAUUUCACUAUUUAAAAGAAGUAUAAUAAACUUUUUAAUGUUUCUUAAACUCCUAGAAACUACAGAACUUGAUCCGUUUGGCUAUAUUUUAUAUUGCCCCUGCAUGGGUCGUUUCGGUAAUCAAGCGGAUCAUUUCUUAGGUGCAUUAAGUUUUUCGAACGCUGUAAACAGAACUUUAGUUCUACCUCCUUGGGUUGAAUACAGAUAUGGAGAACCAAAGUCAAUUCAAGUGCCUUUUAAUACAUAUUUUAAAGUUGAACCAUUACAAAAGUUCCAUAAAGUUUUACUCAUGGAAGAUUUCAUGAAAACUGUUGCUCCAUAUGAAUGGCCAGAAGAUAAAAGGAUAGCGUUCUGUUAUACAGCUAGAGAUGGAAUGGGACAAAACUGCAAUGCAAAAGAGGGAAAUCCUUUUGGACCAUUUUGGGACACUUAUAAUGUUGAUUUUGUGGGAUCGGAGUUUUAUGGUCCUUUACAUUAUGACACCCAUCAUCAUGACAUGGUUAAACAAUGGAAUGAAAAAUACCCGCCCGCUAAAUGGCCUGUUUUAGCUUUUACAGGAGCUCCAGCUAGCUUUCCAGUGCAGCAAGAGAAUCUCUACCUUCAAAAAUAUUUACAAUGGUCCGAAGCCAUUGAAGACAAAGCAAAUUAUUUCAUCGCCCACAUACUCCCGAAAGGUGCCUUCAUCGGAAUUCACUUACGCAACGGUAUGGACUGGGUGAGAGCUUGUCAACAUAUCCCAGAAAGCCCGAGUCUUUUUGCAGCUCCCCAAUGUAUGGGUUACAGAAACGAAAGAGGUCCAGCUACCGCCGAUAUGUGCCUUCCGAGCCACGAAACCAUAAUCAGACAGCUGAAACGUGUUAUUAAGAAUAUCAAUAAUUCUCCGAACAAUAACAAUGAUCGUACUAUUAAAUCGAUUUUUGUUGCUUCGGAUAAUAGUCACAUGAUCGACGAGCUCAGAACCGCUUUGCAAAGAAUGAAAAUUAAAGUUUUUAAGCAUUCGGAGUCUAAUCCCCAUGUUGAUCUUGCUAUUUUAGGAAAAUCGAAUCAUUUUAUAGGGAAUUGUAUAUCUUCUUUUAGCGCUUUUGUAAAGCGAGAGAGGGAUGUGAACGGUUUUCCUUCAUCUUUCUGGGCUUUUCCGUUUCAUAAGGUUAGUAAAAAUUUAAAGGAGGAAUUAUGAUCAAAUUCGGUAAAACUAAUGUCCGAUAUUUAUUGUGUUCAGCAUUAAGACAUCACUUUUAGGUUAUACACGUCUUUUAAUGCAAAAAGUUAUUAGUUAUUUACCACGUACUGAUGUGAUUUUACAACGAACAAAAAGAGGCAACUAUAAAACAAACUUGAAGACUGCAAUUUAUUUAUGUCAUUAAUAACAAACUAUUAAAUUUAAAAAAUAAUAUUAAGUUGAUAUAAUGUAUGUCUCAAAAGUUUUGACACAAAUGUCUUUAUAAAUUUUAAAAAAGUAAAAAUGCUUUCACGGCAAUUUUUCAAAUCAGGUAUAAUAACAGUAUAAUAAAUACCUAACCAUUUCAACAUCAAUCUCCUACAUUUUUUAAAAAUCUGCCUUCUUAAUUGUUGCUUGCUUUCGGCUUCUCAUCAACCUCCACCAUACAAUUUUCAAUUGCUGAACCAGCAGCAAAUUUGGGGGUUGUCGUUUUUUGGCACAAAAGGUACAGUAUGACCAAAUUGAGAUGGCAAGUCAGAAUUAGAUGCGCACUGACAAAUCUAAAAAUGAGAGAAGUUAUCUGUAUCUGUAACGUGUGGAGGGUGGGUUACCCCAACGGCACUUAGGCCUCAUUAGGCCUAUUGUGCAUCCUUCUGAGAU